ACAACACAGAAACUGACCACCCACCUGUUACUCAAAACAAUAGAACCUCAGGGAGGACUUUUCUAAUCCCGGAAUAGAGGCAGCACCUUGCCUUGAUGUCUUUCUUUGUAAAAAUGUCUACAGCAGAUUUGAUGGAGAAUCUCAGGGAAGAACUGACCUGUUUCAUCUGCUUGGACUAUUUCACCAGCCCGGUGACCACUGAGUGUGGGCACAGCUUUUGUCUGGUGUGUCUCCUGAGGAGCUGGGAGGAACACAGUACUCCUUUAUCUUGUCCUGAGUGCUGGAGGGCCUUGGAGAGUCCACACUUCCAGCCCAAUGAGCGUCUGGGGAGGCUGGCUGGCAUCGGCAAACAGCUCCGAUCCCAGGUGCUGCAGAGCGAGGGCGGACAAGGCGGCUCUGGGAGAAUGCUGGCAGUCGCUAAGGCUUUUUCUGAUGAGCAGCAGGGUGUAAACGCUUUCUCAACCCAGUGUCACGGAAUAAACAGAUUGUAUCCCUCCAGUGAGGCUGAGGAGCGUCACAAAGAGAAACUCCAGGAAAUCUUAAAUCUUUUGCGUAAAAAGAAAAAGGAAACUCAGGUUGUAUUAUCCCAUGAGAAGGAGAGAGUAACACUGUGCAAGGAAGAGACAAAGGCCUGUAAGCAGGUUGUUGUGUCAGAAUAUGUAAAAAUGCACCAGUUUUUGAAGGAGGAGGAACAACUACAGCUCCAGUUACUGGAAAAGGAGGAAAGGGAGAACAUGAAGAAGUUGAGGGACAAUGAGAUCAAGCUGACCCAGCAAAUAAGAAGCCUAAGCAAGAUGAUUGAGCAGAUAGAGUCCACCUGUCAGCGCUCCACUUUAGAAUCUUUUGAGGAUGUGAAAGGAACACUGGAAAGGAGUGAGCCACUCUUGCUCCAGUGUCCAGAGGCGGCCGCCACGGAACUGAGUCUGUGCCGCAUCACUGGAAUGAGGGAGAUGCUAAAAAAAUUCAGCAGUAAGUCAGCCUCGUUUGUCAAACCUCCAGGGAUUUGCAGACUGAACUUCAGUGUGUACGAGGCGGACAUAACUCUGGAUCCAGCUACAGCCAAUGCCUAUCUUGUCUUGUCUGAGGAUCUGAAAAGCGUGAGACAUGGAGGAAUCCGACAGCACUUACCCGACAACCCAGAACGAUUUGACCAGUCUGCAACUGUGCUGGGCACUCAGAUAUUCACCUGUGGGAGACACUACUGGGAGGUGGAGGUGGGCAACAAGACCGAGUGGGAAGUGGGCAUUUGCAAGGACUCCAUGAGCCGAAAGGGCAAUCUCCCGAAGCCACCUGGGGACCUCUUCUCACUUAUAGGCUUAAAAAUUGGAGAAGAUUAUAGUCUUUGGGUCUCAUCACCUUUAAAAGGUCAACACGUCCGAGAGCCUGUGCAUAAGGUUGGCGUUUUCUUAGACUACGAGUGUGGACACGUAGCGUUCUACAACGUGACAGAUGAGUCCCUCAUCUACAGCUUCCCUCCAGCCUCUUUCCAAGAGGCUCUCAGGCCGAUCUUCUCCCCUUGCCUCCCAAAUGAAGGGACGAACACGGGCCCUCUUACCAUCUGCUCACUGAACAGUUAUGUCUGAGGGACAUGCCCCCGAGCCUUCACCAAGGAUGAGGUCUAAGACCAACAGAUGAUUAUUAAUUAAGAUGAUUUAUGCAUUGACACUAUCAAUAUUGGGUGAUCUUAAAGGAAAGCCCCUGAAAAGGCUUUCUGUUAACUUGAGCCACAAUCAACGACCAAGUUGGACAAUCAACUUUCAACACCAUAGAAGGCUGAUCAAAUCCUGUCUUUGACCAAAUUCAUUAUCUAGACUGUCCCGCAUACAUGGUGGUCACUGAAAAUGUAGAGAAAGAAUUAGCCCCUAUUAUCCCUGAUCCCAUUGUCAUAGGCCAGUUUUAUAAAUGUAUGUCAUGUU